AUGUCAUCGAGAGGAAAUUCUUUUUCUUUUCAAUACCCACAACUCACUAAAACCAAUUAUGAGAAUUGGUCAAAUAGAAUGAAAGCUAUCCUUGGUUCACAAGGUGUGUGGGAUAUAGUUGAAAAUGGUUUUGAGCCGGUCGAAGAUGAGGCGGCAUUAAAUCAAGUCCAAAGAGAUGCUUUGGAAAAAGAGAGAAAGAAAGAUCAAAGUGCUCUCACAAUCAUUCACCAGGGUUUGGAUGAUGAUAUGUUCGAAAAGGUGGCUAUUAAUACUACCUCGAAGCAGGCUUGGGAGACUCUUCAAAACUCUGUCAUGGGAGUUGAGAAAGUAAAAAAAGUUCGGCUUCAAACUCUAAGGGCUGAGUUUGAAUCACUCUUUAUGAAGGAGAGUGAAACCAUAUCAGAUUAUACCACAAGAGUGUUGGUGGUAAUUAAUCAAAUGAAGAGACUUGGAGAAAGAAUAGAAGAUGUUCGUGUAGUUGAGAAGAUUUUGCGAUCUCUCAAUAUGAAAUUUAAUCAUGUUGUGGUUGCCAUUGAAGAGUCAAAAGACACUGAGACCAUGACAAUUGAUCAAUUGUGUGGAUCUUUGUGUGCGCAUGAAGAAAGAAUGAAUCGUGGAAAACAAGAACAUGUUGAUCAGGCCUUGCUAACAAAAUCCUUUAGCAAAUCAAGAGGUGAUUCUUCUACUAGAGGUGGUCGUGGACAACUCCGUGGAAGAGGCCGUGGUCGUGGAUAUGGACGUGGUCAAGGAAGAGGCGAACAAAACUCUUUCAAUGAAAAUAGAAACCAAAAUUUUCAUAGAGGUCGUGGCAGAGGAAGCGGAAGAAGCAAUUAUGGGGUAUACGAAAGGAAAAAUGAUAAAACUAGAGUGCAGUGUUACUCUUGUAGCAAGUAUGGCCAUUAUUCAUGGGAAUGCCAAAAUGAAGCAGUAGAAGAGGAGACAAAGCUUGUAGAACGCCAAGAUAAUGAAGCAGAUCAAGCUUUAUUCUUUUCUAAUAAGGAAGAAACCAUAACUCACAAGAGUGCUUGGUAUCUUGAUAAUGGUGCCAGUAAUCAUAUGACUGGAGAUAAAAGCAAGUUUGUGGAACUCAAUACUAAAGUUAGUGGCAAUGUGCGAUUUGGCGAUGACACAAGGGUGGAAAUUCAUGGCAAAGCUUUUGGAGAAUGGUUGUAA